CGACCAUGUCAUAACCACGUCAUCCCACGUUCACUAAAAAACUCUGCCUCGUCAUAAAUCAAGAAAACUAUACAGUGAAAUAGUAAUAAAUACCAGUAUUAGAUAUCAAAAGAUAAGCAGAGACCGAAAAAAAUUGUAGUUUAGUCAAGGAGUGAUCUUCCACAAAAGUGUCUAUAAAUAGUAGCCUUCUCAUUUACUUUCAUUCACUCAUCAAAACACUUCACACAGCAAAUCAAACUAAAGAAAUCAAGAAAGAGAAAGAAACACGCUUCAUUACAAUGGCUGCUAAAGUAUACAUUGUUUACUACUCUACUUACGGGCAUGUUGAAAGACUCGCACAAGAGAUCAAGAAAGGAGUCGAAUCCAUACCAGAAGUCGAGGCUAAACUUUGGCAGGUCCCCGAAACUCUGACGAACGAUAUUCUCACGAAAAUGGGGGCCCCACCAAAGAACAACAACGUGCCGGUUAUUAGCCCAAACGAACUUGUGGAUGCCGACGGCAUCAUAUUCGGUUUUCCGACAAGAUUCGGAAUGAUGGCCGCUCAAUUCAAAGCAUUUUUCGACUCGACCGGUGGUUUAUGGAGGACUCAGGCACUCGCCGGAAAACCCGCCGGAAUAUUUUACAGCACCGGAUCUCAAGGCGGCGGCCAAGAAACCACACCAUUAACAGCCUUAACACAACUUACUCAUCAUGGCAUGAUAUUCGUGCCUAUUGGCUACACGUUUGGAGCCGGGAUGUUUGAAAUGGGGGAAAUUAAAGGCGGGAGCCCUUAUGGUGCCGGGACAUUUGCAGGGGAUGGGUCGAGACAGCCCUCUGGAAUCGAACUCGAGCAAGCUUUUCACCAGGGAAAACACAUUGCAGCCAUCACUAAGAAGCUCAAACAAACUGCUUAAUGUGGGCUAUGAAUAAAUUCGCGAUUCAUUAAAUAAAUUUGUGUGCUUUC